AACUUUGUUUGAGACCAACUUCACGACGUUGUUGCGUUUCUCCACUCUUGUUCGCGAACGUGCGCUUUCCUUCCGCUCGGGGGAAAGGCAAAACAGUUUAACUUUUAAUCAUUAAAAUCAACUGAAACGAUUGACGAUUAACGUGCAACGGACAGGAGCCAUUUUCCCGGUGGUUUCCUAAGCCUUGAUUCCGGACGUGCCGAACGAUGGUCGACUAUUACAAAGUGCUCGAAGUGCAGCGAAAUGCUGGCGGUGUAGAGAUCAAAAAAGCGUAUAGAAAGUUGGCAUUGAAAUGGCAUCCAGACAAGAAUCCGGAUAAUUUGGAAGAGGCAAAUAAAAGAUUCAAGGAGAUCUCAGAAGCUUAUGAAGUUUUGAGCGAUGAUGUGAAGAGACGCACUUACGAUCAGCGCUUAUAUCAGAAGGCGGCAUCAAGGCCUGGCCGUGGAUUCACCUUCCGAAGUUUCUUUGAUUCUCCUUUCCAGCGAUAUUUCGAAAAGAAGAGGCGCGUUUACGAUCAGUAUGGCAAGGAAGGUCUUCAAAUGCCCGGAAGCAAACGACGCCAUGGAGAUGACUUUGAUUCGCACUUUGCCGGCACGUUCGUCUUCAGAGAUCCCGAGGAAGUAUUUAGAGAAUUUUUCGACGGUGUACCGUUCGAAGAUUUAUUUGCCGGUUUUCACGGCUGUUCCCGAAGAGGCGCUACGGGGAGACACGGUCAUCCGACUAAUAAUAGUCUGAGUACUUCCUUCUUCGGUCCCUUUGGAUUCGGCUUUCGUUUACCGUUCGACAAUUUAAUGGAGAAUGCCAGCGCAACGGGCAACUUUACCUCUUUUAAUACUUUUACUAGUUUCGACGGAGCGAGCAGUGGUGCCGCUGUGAAACGUACCAGUACGUCGACCCGUUUCAUCGACGGAAAGAAAAUUACAACUAAAAAAGUCUUGGAAAAUGGGAAAGAAACUAUAAUGUCUUACGAAAACGAUGUACUGAAAUCGAAGACGGUGAACGGCGUACCACAGUCAAUAACGUUCGACGAAGCAUCGACGAGUCGACAAGUCUGUGAGAACGUCAAUGAUAACACGAUGGGUAGCCACAGCUCGAACGCGAUCCACAGCGACUAUCUAAAAGCUAGCAGAGUAAAGACGCGUCAUCAUCCGCACACGAGUAAGAAGCACGAUAGAAGUAAGAGGAAAUAAAUUUUGCUCUUGUCAAGUUCCUUAUAUAUUCAAGUCGACAAGUAUGCGCUCUUAAUGUACUCGAUUGAUGUGAUUUGAUUCAAAUUUCAUGUGGUUUGAUUCAAAUUUUCAUUUUAUAUACAUAUAUGUCACUAUUAUCCACCAUCUACUAUCCAAUAGAAAUUUAAAAAAAAAUCAAAUAUUGCCAAUUUAUAUAUAAAGUUAUU